AGCCAGCAUUUUCCACCUGAGCGGCUUCUCCUUCCCUCCCCUCAGACUCCUCAAUAGGUCCUUCUGGUGCGUGUGUGGUUCUUCCGUGGGCAGGUCUUCGUUCUUGGCUGUUGUGCAAUACUGGAUUAACUUUGUGGGGCGCCACUGAGCCUGGCGUGGCUCCCGACUGCAGCGGAGCGGCCAUGGGUGUGCAGGGCCCCAUUCCGCUGCUGGUGGUGUUGCUGGUGUGCGUGGCGCUGGGGAAACCUGGUCCCAAGAACAUCACAAACAAGCUCCUCUCAGUGCCUUGUGGCCGCCGGAGUUACAUUAAGCCACUGAUAGUGGGCGGGAUAGAAUCCGUGCAAGGGCGCUGGCCGUGGCAGGCCAGCCUGCGCUUGAAGAAGUCCCACCACUGUGGAGGGAGCCUUCUCAGCCACCGAUGGGUGCUCAGUGCUGCACACUGCUUUAGAAAGUACCUUGAUCCAGAAAAGUGGACAGUCCAGCUUGGACAGCUUACUUCCAAGCCUUCUUUCUGGAACAGGAAGGCCUAUUCUGGCCGGUACAGGGUAAAGGACAUCAUUGUAAACUCUGAAGACACCAUGAGGUUCCACGACCUGGCCCUGCUGAGGCUGGCCUCCUCGGUCACCUAUAGCAAGUACAUUCAGCCCAUCUGCGUGCUGCCCUCCACCUUCGUGUUCCAGCAGCAGCCGGACUGCUGGGUGACUGGCUGGGGAGUCCUUCAGGAGAAUAAGAAACCUCUGCCACCACCCUACCACCUCCGCGAAGUGCAGGUCAGCAUCCUAAGCGACAGCAGAUGCCGUGAGCUGUUCAGCAGUCCCUCUCUCCACCCCUUCAUCAGCAGUGAUGUGUUCUGCGCUGGUGCUGAGGAUGGCAGUGCGGACACCUGCAGUGGUGACUCGGGAGGACCCUUGGUCUGCAGCAUGGAUGGUCUCUGGUAUCAGAUUGGAAUCGUGAGCUGGGGAGUAGGCUGUGGGCGGCCCAAUCUGCCUGGCCUCUACACCAAUGUGAGUCAGCACUACGGCUGGAUCCAGACCAUGAUGGUCCUCAACGGUGCAGUCAGGUCUGCUCUGGGGCCGCCACUGCUGUCCCUCGCUCUGCUCCAGGCUCCCUGACUUCUAAGGCCUGCCUGAGCCCAUGAAGCUGCAGCUUCAGGGCUUCACUUCUCCCAACCCCAGGACAUUCGGUAUUGGGUAGGGACAUCCUGUGUCUUCUGUCUCCUUUGUCAAUAAACUCUU